AUGGCUCGAGCUUCAUUCAUCCUAUCCGUAUGUUUCAACAAUUUUCCCCCCAGGUAAGUACAAAAUCAAUUGUAUAUGUUGAGUGAUGUGUGAGUACUUACAUUGUUGUUAAGCAAUAGUCAAUCAAUGUGAACGCCCCCGGUGCACAAGACCCGACUAACGGGACCCCAAAUCCUGAAACGGUAAUGUUUAUGAUGAUAAAACUAAUCCUUCAAGUUUGCAAUAUUCUAACUAUCUUCUAGCCAUCUGAUACCAUAACGAACGAUCGAUUCACCACGCUUGAUGUCCUAAUGUUUGUGAACACAGCUGCUAUUGCAUACCACCAAAUUGGGAGGCUCCGGCCGAUCCCUUGCCCAUAUGCAAUAGCAGUUGUGUUCACAAAUGUUAGGACAUUACAAGUAGUAGUCCAAGCUAUGCUACACCUCGCUGAGAGCUUACACAGUCUACAUGACCUUAGGCUAACCAGAUUGAUAAGAUCAUGUUGAAACUUGUUUUCUACGACCAUCAUAUCGAGGAAAAUAAGACAAAAAGACAAGCCGAGAUGGAGGGACGUCUUACCCAAAGGCAGAUUGAGAUGGAGGAAAGGCUCACCAGAGCAAUACAAAUUUCUGCUACCCAACUCAAAUUAGAGUUGAAGCUUGGGGACCAAGAAAAAAAUGUGUCUCACGGUGGCCGGAGCUGGUGGAAUUGA